AUGUGGGAGCAAAAGGUGAAACAAAGCACACCACAGUCAUCACUUAAACUAUAUCUCGCCUCUCCGGAUCAAGAUCUGCCCCAGUUUUAUGGUCCCGAGAUGGUGAUCCACAAUUUCUGGAGGGGCCGGGAUUCACUGCCGGAUUGCGUCUCUGCUCUAAUCAGGCACAAUUCAAACGGGAGGGAAGGGAAAAAAAAAAGAAAAUCACGAUUCGGCCCACAGAAGAGACUGCAUCCACGGUAUGCGGUUGACGUUCCCGUUCAACUCUGCGCACUUCAGGCAGAGGCAGGCGCUCCUGCAGUGAUGCAAGGCUUUCUUGAUGAGGACAUGGGUCCCGUUGAGUUGAUUGGAAUCCCCACUUUCUUCGUAACGGACCAAACCCAAAUGUCCAGGCAGGCCGCCUCACCUCGAUCAAUUCUUAUUAUUUUCUCGUGGGCUGAAACUGAAAACUCUGAGCUAUUAAACUUUGGACUCAUAUCAUGGGAUUUGCGUUGCGAUGUCAUUAGCCGCAUGCCCUAUGGGCAUCAAAUAUCUACGCAAAAACGGGGGGUGAAAUUAUCCAUCUUAACAGACAAAAUCAGGAAGAUUCAUCAUAGUUACUGGUGUAAACUUAAAAUUCGUCAGUAA